AUGGGCUGGGAGAGAUUUCUGGAAGCUGAGAAAGGGGCGGGUUUGACCCCCCAACUUUGCCCUGCUCUCAUUGGCCCUCCCCCCCUCCCCUUUCCCUGCCCCAAUUGUCUCGGUGUCUGGGUCCUGGCCCUGGGAGGAGGGGACAGUGAGGAUAGGAGUGGGGAGGGGGCUCAGGCUGAAAGCAGAGCCAGCUGCAGAAGCACGAAGAGAAGUACCGUAACCUUCAGCCUUGACCCCAGACCUUGGUGCCCCAGAACCUGGGCUCUCCAAAGCAAGACCAGGGCCCCCACACUGUGCGCCAGAGUGCGGGGUGGGGAAUGCCCACAGCCCGAGGGCCCCCAGGCUGAAGGCAGGAGACUGGGGCUGCUGGGGAAGUCGUCCAGGCUGAGGGGCCAGGCCUGGCAGGGCCAUGGCGCUGCUGCUGCUGCUGCUGCUCCCAGGCUGCGGCCGUGCUGCAGGCUCCGAGCUGGCCUUUGUGCAGAGCCGGGGGACACAGCGGCUGUGCAGGAGCACCCACGGGUGCUGCCCUACCAGGUAGAGGGUGAGCCGCCCGUGUCCAUUUCUUGGCAGCGGGAUGGGCUGGCCUUAGCCAAUGACAGCGGUGCCACCCUGAUGCCAGAAGGUUCCCUGCACCUGGCUGCCCUGCCUUCCCGCUGGAGCCUCCUUUCCAAUGCCCACGAGUACCACUGCGUGGCCCAGAACCGCUGCGGGCGGCUGGUGAGCCGACGGGCCCGGGUACAGCCGGCAAGUCUGUCCCGCUUCCACCAACAUCCAGAAUCGGUUGAGGUGGAGCGGGGUGGAGUUGCUCGUUUCCAGUGCCUGAUCCAGGGGGUGCCUGAACCAUCCAUUUCCUGGGAGCACAAAGGCACAGCCCUGAAUACUGCCAACCACCGGUGAGCACCUGCCAGCAGUGCAAUGGGACGGCGGGCUGUGAGCCAGGGCACAGGCCAUGGAGCCCUGACCUGUGCAUCCUCAGGGUCACACUGCUGCCUCGUGGCAUCCUCCACAUCACCAGUGUGAGCCAGGCGG